AUGCUGCUUUCACCCUUUGGCUCGCCACGGCGGCUGGUGGUGCUGACAGUAUUCGUCUUCCUGGCCAUCGUCGUCCUCGUGCGCAAUUCGACAUACUCCGAAUACCUCCCCAAGUACGACCUGCCAUCAUUCGGCAGCGCCAAAGUCCCGCAAGACACAUCGACCGGCAGUAAUAGCUUCAAGGAAGACUCGUCACAGAGCGAGCUAUGGCAAGAGUACAAGUCGGACGAGGGCAAGGUCCUUGGAGCGNCCACCCCACCACCAAAGGAGGAAGAAUACGAAGAGAAGAUUGAGGUUACAAGCAUCCCGACCUCGACCUCGCAUUCGACCAGCGCGUCUUCGUCGAAAUCCGCCAGUACGUCCGUUUCAAACACAGCCAGCACAUCUGGUUCAAAGACGGCGUCUUCUGCCAAGAUUACACCCUUCGUACAUGCAUCGUACAAGGAGCUGCAAGCAAAGAUCAAGGAGUUCAUACAAUGGGACCGUCCGGACAAGGGCGACCAUUGGCCUGGCUACGGCACUUAUGUCGACAAAGACUAUGACCCCAACCGUUGGGAGGGUCUUCCCAUGAACAUCGAGUACUACGCAUCCAACGGCAUUAAGCAGUUCAAGAACAUGGACCUGGAAGCUACCGUAUACCACCCCUACCCCGACUACAACUCGUCCGCAUACAAGAAGCAGUGGGCAGGCGACUAUGUUUCCUGCAAGGGCCCUCGCGGCCAGACACUAGACAAGAGCCCGGAAGACUUGAUCAAGGCCUGGCCCCAACUGCCUCAAAAAUUCCCCAACAUCAGCGUUGGUUCUGAUCUGGGCAUCGACAUUCACUCUUGCUUCGACCGCGAGUCGCGCUACUCUCCCUACGACAGCACUGCCCAGAAUGCUCCAGACUGGGAGACCGUCAACUGGGGCCAGCUUCAGAACGAGUGCCUGAGCAAGAACAAGGAAAGAUACGGCGAGCACCAACGUAAAUCUAUGCAGCUCAGGCCCAGCAGGACUAUGCCCAAGGAGGACAAUUCCGAGAAGAAGGCCGAGUCUACAACCGGCCCUAAACCACACCAUCGUACUGCUAUCCUGAUUCGUACUUGGGAAGGCUACAGCUACACUGAGAACGACCUCCAAGCCAUUCGCUCCCUGGUCACCGAGACCUCACUUCUGAGUGGUGGAGAGUACCAGGUCUAUCUCNUUGUCAAUGUCAAGCAACGUGAUGCCGACAUCUAUGACAACGAAGAGACCUACAAGAGCGUCCUUCACCAAGUUGUUCCUGCCGAACUCCGCGACAUCUCGGUCCUCUGGACCGAAAAGGUAUGCGAAGAGUGGUAUCCCAAGGUUGGUGACUGGCAAGUCUACUGGAUGCAGUUCAUGCCUCUGCAAUGGUUCUCAAAGACCCAUCCCGAGUUCGACUACGUCUGGAACUGGGAGACGGAUGCUAGAUACACCGGAAAUCCCUACCACUUCCUCGAACAGGUCAGCUACUUUGCUAAGAAGAUGCCGAGAAAGCAUCUCUGGGAGAGAAAUGCUCGUUUCUUCCUGCCGGAAUCUCAUGGAGAUUUCCAGUCUUACCUUGCCGACACUGAUGCAGCCAUCGCCAACGCAACACAGCAGGGCAUUAUGACUCCUGUCUGGGGUGCUCAGCCUUAUGCCGCCACCCAGAUUCCUCUUGGUCCUACACCGCCCCGCAAACAAGAAGAUGACGACUUCUCCUGGGGUGUAGACGAGCAGGCCGACCUCAUCACGCUUCAGCCGAUCUGGGACCCGAACGAGACACAAUGGUCAUACCGCCACAAGAUCUGGAACUUCGUCCCUGGUGUUCGUCCCAUCUUUACUGCCGAAAAUGGAGCUGCCGAAGGUUUCUACCACGAGGGCUUCGAGACAAUUCCCAGACGCACUUUCAUCAACACUCUGGCCCGUUUCAGCAAGAAAAUGCUGCACGCCAUGCACGCAGAGAACCUCGAGGGCCGCUCCAUGCAAGCCGAAAUGUGGCCCGCGACCGUCGCCCUCCAACACGGUCUCAAGGCCGUCUACGCACCUCACCCGAUUUGGUCUUCUCACCACUGGCCCGCGUGGUAUGCCGACGCCGUCUUUAAUGCCGAUGCUGGGAUCCCUGCUCGCUGGUCUCAACAGUUUGAUUCGGCAUACGCCCACGACCGCGAAGUCAAUUUCAAGACAUGGUCGUGGUACUACGCUACCGAUUUCCCAAAGACGCUGUUCUGGCGCUGGUUGGGCUGGGAAGCUGAAGAUGCGGGUCUGGGCGGUUGGGGAGGCAAGCAGGAUGAAGAGGAAGGUAAGGAUAUCAGAGGUAUUGGCAUGGUGGGCGGACAUGGCAAGAUGUGUUUGCCCGGUAUGCUGCUGCAUCCUGUCAAGAAGGUGUCGAAGCCUCAGGGACAGAAUUAG